AUGGAUCGAUUUGUGAAAAGAACUGCUCCAGAUCCUAUCAAUUUAAAUGACUUCCCUGAAGAUCCUGGUGAAAGAAAAGGAAUACUGGAAUAUCAUCCUAAUCAAAGAGAUGAGGUGAGACGCACAUAUUGGCUUAGAGGACCUUGUCAACCUCGUGGCCAUCCUUUUAAACAGCGAUCAAUAGGAAAUACAUUAAGGCGAUUUAAUCUCCAGUGGUUUGAUGAAUUUCAUGAUUGGUUGGAAUACAGUGUGAAGAAAGAGAAGGCAUAUUGUUUGUGUUGUUACUUAUUCAGAGAUAACAACGACAAUAAAGGUGGAAAUGCUGCAUUUGUGACAGAAGGGUUUCAUAAUUGGAAUAAGUAUGAGACAUUGGCUGCUCACGGACGUCUUAUAAAUAGCUUUCACCAUAAAGCUAAGAAGAAAUGUGAAGAUUUGGUGAGACAAGGCCAGUCAAUUGCACAUGCUUUCCAGAAACAAACUGAUGUUAUGAAAAAUCAGUAUCGUAUUCGGCUAAAUGCUUCUGUCGAUUCUUCUAGAUUGUUACUGAGGCAAGGAUUGCCAUUUCGCGGUCAUGAUGAGACAGAGGAUUCUAGUAACCAAGGAAACUUUUUGGCGGUACUGAAGUAUACUGCACAACAAAAUGAAGCCGUGGAUAAAGUUGUGCUGAAGAACGCUCCUGGAAAUAAUCAGAUGGUGUCUCAUCCAAUUCAAAAAGACAUUGUUCAUUGCUUUUCAGAAGAAGUAAUCAGUUCCAUAAUUCAAGAAAUUGAUCAUGAUGUUUUUGCUCUAUUGGUGGAUGAAUCCGCUGACUCUUCGGAGAAAGAGCAGAUGGCUAUAGUAUUUCGUUUUGUUGAUAAACAUGGGAUAGUGAAAGAGAGGUUUGUUGGUCUGAUUCAUGUGAAGGAUACAUGUUCCUCAACUCUGAAAUCUGGUAUUGAUUCAUUACUUGCUAAGUACAGAUUGAGUUUGAAAAAAGUUAGAGGCCAAGGCUAUGAUGGAGCAGGAAAUAUGAGGGGUGAAUUCAAUGGACUAAGAGCGUUGAUUUCAAGAGAGAGUAGCUGUGCAUACUAUGUCCAUUGUUUCGCUCACCAGCUUCAAUUGGUUGUUGUUGCUGUUGCAAAGAAUCAUCUUGAAGUAGGAAACUUUUUCGAUAUGGUUUCUUUGUUAGUAAACGUGGCUGGAGCUUCUUGCAAGAGAAAAGAUAAGAUCAGAGAUAGUCAACGAGAGAUCAAUGAGGAAGGAAUAAGUAGUGGUGAAAUCAAGACUGGAAAAGGGUUGAAUCAAGAGUCUUCACUUCAAAGACCAGGAGCUACACGGUGGGGUUCUCAUUAUAAAACGUUGUUGCGGUUGGUGGACUUAUUUGCUUCUGUGGUUAAGGUGCUUAGGUAUGUCCAGGAUGAAGGUAUAGAUAAUACCAAGAAGCGUCAAGCAAAUGGUAUUCUCAAAUACAUUCAUAGUUUUGAUUUUGUGGUCUAUCUACACUUGAUGCUGCAUAUAUUGGGACUCACAGAGAAUCUAUCAAUGGCAUUACAAAAAAAAAACCAAGACAUUGCAAAUGCUGUUUCACUAGUGGAAUCCACUAAGCGACAGUUACAAAAGUUAAGAGAUGAUGGCUGGGAUUCUUUUGUGAAGAAGGUUUCUGAUUUUUGUAAGAAGCACGACACUGAAAUUCUCAACAUGGAAGAUGAGUAUAUCGAUCCGAGGAGGCCACGCAUGCGGACCAACUUCACAAACUUGCGUCAUUUCCAAGUUGACUGUUUUUACUAUGUGUUGGAUAUUCAGCUUUUGGAGUUCAAUGAUCGCUUUAACGAGGUAAAUUCUGAAUUGCUCAUCUGCAUAUCGGCUUUAAAUCCUAUCGAUUUAUUCUGUCAGUAUGACAAAAUAAAGCUGAUGAGAUUGGCUGAGUUUUAUCCUGAGGAUUUCAGCCGUGUGGAGUGCAUUUCUCUUGAGCACCAACUUGAUAUUUAUAUCGAUAAUGUGCGAGAAGAUGAAAGGUUUGCUGAUUUGAAAAAUCUUGGAGAUCUAGCAAGGGUGUUAGUAGAAACUAAGAAACAUCUUUCACAUUAUUUGGUUUAUAGACUUUUGAAGCUAGCUUUGGUUUUGCCUGUUGCUACUGCAACGGUUGAGAGAUGUUUUUCUGGAAUGAAGAUUGUGAAGACUAAGCUACGAAAUCGUAUGGGUGAUCAGUUUCUAAGUGAUAGUCUUAUUUGUUACAUCGAAAAAGAAUUAUAUGACGAUGUAACAAAUGAACAAGUGACAAGAAGAUUUCAAGCAAUGAGUGAUCGUAGAAUGCAUUUGUAG